AUCAAGGCUAUCUAUCAAUUCCUCUCCUCCUCGCUUCGGUGCCGUAGAGACAUCUUUCUCUUUCACCUACACAGGGAGAAUAAACGCCAAUAAUCCGCUGACCGACAUUACAGCAUCCGGACACCGCUAUGGUGGGUGUUUUUCACCAAGCUGGACUUAAUAACAGCGUUCGUGGUCACAGAUUCUGAUAGAAAACAACACAUUUUGACGCCCCGCUAAGCUACCGUGACUUCCCACCACUGUCCUGUGGUGUCGGCGUCGUCGUGGUGAGAGUCCUCUAACGGGGGGAUAUACAAGGAAACUUACCUGGAGUUUGUGAUAAACCGCAAACAUGUCUGGGGCGUCUGUAAAAGUCGCUGUUCGAGUUCGACCCUUCAACUCCAGGGAGAUGAGCAAGGACUCGAAAUGUAUAAUUCAGAUGCAAGGCAACACUACAACUAUUUUGAACCCCAAAGCCCCAAAGGAACCAGCAAAGACCUUCAGUUUUGAUUAUUCCUACUGGUCACACACUACGCCGGAAGACUCUUCCUUUGCAUCACAGAACCGUGUGUUCAAUGACAUUGGCAAAGAAAUGCUACAGCACGCUUUUGAGGGCUACAAUGUUUGCAUCUUUGCCUACGGCCAGACAGGAGCUGGUAAAUCCUACACUAUGAUGGGAAAGCAGGAGGAGGGCCAGGAAGGAAUCAUUCCAAUGCUUUGUGAAGAUCUGUUUGAGAAAAUCAAUGAUGUCAACAACAAAGAAGAUCUCUCCUACUCAGUAGAGGUCAGUUACAUGGAGAUCUACUGUGAACGGGUGCGGGAUUUGCUCAAUCCCAAGAACAAAGGGAACCUACGAGUACGAGAACACCCUCUACUGGGCCCCUAUGUGGAGGACCUGUCCAAGCUUGCUGUCACCUCCUACACAGACAUUGCUGACCUCAUGGAUGCAGGCAAUAAGGCCAGAACUGUGGCUGCCACCAACAUGAAUGAGACCAGCAGCAGGUCCCAUGCUGUUUUCACCAUUGUCUUCACACAGAAGAAACAUGACAGUGAGACAGACCUCUCCACAGAAAAGGUCAGUAAAAUUAGUCUGGUAGACUUGGCGGGGAGUGAACGAGCAGAUUCCACUGGAGCUACAGGCACCAGGCUAAAGGAGGGCGCAAACAUCAACAAAUCUCUCACCACACUAGGAAAGGUUAUCUCUGCCUUGGCUGAAGUGGAUAACUGUACCAGCAAGAGCAAGAAGAAGAAGAAGAGCGACUUCAUCCCGUACCGAGACUCUGUUCUGACAUGGCUGUUGAGGGAGAACCUGGGAGGAAACUCCAGAACAGCCAUGGUUGCUGCCCUCAGUCCUGCAGAUAUCAACUAUGAUGAAACUCUUAGCACACUUCGCUAUGCUGACCGAGCCAAGAAUAUCAAAUGCAAUGCUGUCAUCAAUGAAGAUCCUAACAAUAAGCUGGUGCGUGACCUGAAGGAUGAAGUGGCUCGACUGAAGGAACUCCUCCAUGCCCAGGGCCUAGGAGACAUCCUGGACAUUGAUCCUUUGGGGGAUGAUUGCCCAGGAAGUGGAAUCAAAUACCUCAAAGACAUUCAGAACAAUAAGCAUAGAUACUUGGUAGCUUCAGAGAACCAACGCCCUGGCCAUUUCUCCACAGCCCCUAUUGGUUCCCUGACAGCCUCCCCAUCCUCUGGUGCACUAUGCAGCCAGGGAGGACUCCAGUCAGUCACCAGCAUCCAGGAGCGCAUCAUGUCCACACCUGGAGGAGAGGAGGCCAUUGAAAGACUCAAGGAAUCAGAAAAGAUCAUUGCUGAGCUUAAUGAAACCUGGGAGGAGAAACUGAGAAAGACGGAGGCAAUACGCAUGGAGAGAGAGGCCUUGCUUGCAGAGAUGGGUGUGGCAAUACGUGAAGAUGGAGGCACUUUAGGAGUCUUCUCUCCUAAAAAGACUCCACAUCUGGUUAACCUAAAUGAGGAUCCCCUCAUGUCGGAGUGUCUGCUCUACUACAUCAAAGAUGGAAUUACAAGGGUGGGUCAGGCUGACACCGAAAGAAGACAAGACAUUGUUUUAAGUGGUGCUCACAUUAAAGAAGAGCACUGCAUCUUCCGCAGUGAAAGGAAUGCCAAUGGACAUGUUAUCGUUCUGCUGGUGCCCUGUGAGGGAUCAGAAACUUAUGUCAAUGGGAAACGUGUUGAAGAUGCAAUCCAGCUUCGAUCAGGUAAUCGUAUCAUUAUGGGAAAGAACCAUGUGUUCCGGUUCAAUCACCCAGAACAGGCCCGAGCUGAAAGGGAGAAGACACCGUCUGCAGAAACUCCUGUGGAGCCUGUGGAUUGGACCUUUGCUCAGAGAGAGCUUCUGGAGAAACAGGGCAUUGACAUGAAGCAGGAAAUGGAGAAAAGGCUCACUGAAAUGGAAAUCUUGUACAAGAAGGAGAAGGAAGAGGCAGACCAACUUCUGGAACAACAGCGACUGGUUUAUGAGAGCAAAUUGCAAGAACUUCAGAAACAGGUCGAAACUCGCUCGCUGAUAGCCGAGACACCGGAUGAAGAAGAGCUGGAGGAGGAGGAGGAAGAGGAAGAACCUAAACUACUGGAAUGUGCAAACAUGCCGUGGACUCAGCAUGAAUUUGAACUGGCACAGUGGGCCUUCAGGAAGUGGAGGUACCAUCAGUUCACCUCCCUCCGUGACCAGCUGUGGGGAAAUGCUGUGUACCUGAAGGAGGCUAAUGCCAUUAGUGUGGAGCUAAAGAAGAAAGUCCAAUUCCAGUUUGUCUUGCUGACAGACACACUGUACUCACCACUGCCUCCCGAGCUCCAGCCUCCAGAGCCAGAAAAGGAGCGUGACUCCAGGCCUUUCCCUCGCACUGUGGUGGCGGUAGAGGUUCAGGACCUUAAGAAUGGAGCCACACACUACUGGUCCCUUGAAAAACUCAAGCAGAGGCUGGAGCAGAUGAGAGAGAUGUACGACCGUGCAGGUGAAAUGGCCUCCACUAACCAGGAGGACGGCGAGAGCACUUUGACAGGAAAUGACCCCUUCUAUGACCGUUUCCACUGGUUUAAACUAGUGGGGAGCUCCCCCAUCUUCCACGGUUGUGUUAACGAACACCUGGUUGACCGCACGCCCUCGCCGACCUUCUCCACCACUGACUCCGAGAUCACCGAGCUGGCUGACGAGCGCCAGAGUGAGAUGUCUGACUUGAUUGAUGAUGAAGCAUUUGUGGACGACACCAGCUCGGAUGCCGGCACUGAGGAGGGCUCGGACAUCUUCAGUGAUGGCCAGGAUCCCUUCUAUGACCGCUCCCCCUGGUUCACUCUGGUGGGAAGAGCGUUCGUGUACCUGAGCAACCUGCUGUACCCUGUACCUCUGGUUCAUCGCGUUGCCAUAGUAACAGAGAAGGGUGCGGUGCGUGGUUUUCUGCGUGUGGGUGUCCAGGCAAUAGCUGCUGAUGAGGAGGCUCCAGACUACGGGUCAGGAGUUAGACAGUCAGGAACGGCCAAGAUUUCCUUUGAUGAUGAAUACUUCAAAAAGAAUGACUUUUCUUCCACGGUUAUGACUCGCUCCGGCUUGUCCCUAGAAGAGCUGCGCAUUGUGGAAGGACAGGGUCAGAGUUCAGAGGUCAUCACACCCUCAGAGGAACUCAACAGAAUCAAUGACAUGGACCUCAAGCUGGGUAACAUUGCAGAAACCAAGCUGGUUCAUGGUGAUGAUCUGAUCGACCAGCUGGAGGUGGGCAGUAUCUUUACCUUUCGUGUUACUGUGCUGCAAGCCAGUGGUGUCCCACCUGAAUAUGCUGACAUCUUCUGCCAAUUCAAUUUCCUGCAUCGUCAUGAUGAAGCUUUUUCCACUGAGCCCCUGAAGAACACAGGCAAAGGAGCUCCUCUGGGCUUUUAUCAUGUCCAGAACAUUUCAGUCGAGGUCACAGAGUCGUUUAUUGAGUACAUCAAGACAAAGCCCAUUGUGUUUGAAGUGUUUGGCCAUUACCAACAAUACCCACUACAUGUUUAUGGACAGGACCUGAUCAGUCCUCCAACACCAUCAAGGAAAUACUAUCCUAUUCCAAUGCCUCUGUCUAAACCAGUUCCAGCCACUAAAUUGAACACCAUCACCAAGUCCAACCUGGGUCAGUGUGUCAGCAAGUACGACCUGCUGGUCUGGUUUGAGAUCAGCGAGCUUGAGCCCACUGGAGAAUACAUCCCAGCAGUGGUCGAUCACAGUGGAGGACUGCCAUGUAAUGGCACCUACCUACUGCACCAGGGGAUCCAGCGGAGGAUCACAGUGACUCUCAUCCAUGAGAAGGGUAGCGAGCUUCACUGGAAGGACGUCCGUGAACUGGUCGUGGGUCGCAUCAGGAACAAAGCAGAAGUGGACGAUAGCGCUGCUGAUGCUGUCCUGUCCCUCAACAUCAUUUCUGCCAAGAACAUCAAGUCAUCACACAACGCAAACAGGACCUUCUACCGCUUCGAGGCAGUGUGGGACAGCUCCCUGCACAAUUCCCUCCUGCUUAAUCGAGUCACUCCUUAUGGAGAAAAGACCUACAUGACCGUAUCUGCAUAUCUGGAGCUGGACCAUUGCAUCCAGCCUGCUAUUAUAACCAAAGACAUCUGCAUGGUCUUCUACUCCCGAGAUGCGAAAAUCUCCCCUCCCCGUUCCCUCAGAAACUUCUUUGGGAGUGGUUACUCCAAAACUCCUGAUUGCAACCGCGUCACCGGCAUCUACGAGCUGAGCUUGUGCAAGAUGUCUGAUACUGGAAGCCCAGGAAUGCAGCGGAGGAGGAGGAAGGUCCUGGACACAUCAGUGGCUUAUGUGCGUGGAGAGGAGAACCUGGCCGGCUGGAGGCCCAGAGGAGACAGUCUUAUUCUGGAGCACCAAUGGGAGCUGGAAAAAAUGGAGCAGCUGCAUGAGGUGGAGAAGACCCGUCAUCUGCUCCUCCUGAGGGAGAAGCUGGGAGAUGCAGCUCCAGUGGGCACAGCUCCCACCACCAAGUCCCUGAGUGAGUUGCUCUCCCCGAGCAUGAGCUCUGGCAGCCUGUCCACCUCCACCUCCAUUUCCUCCCAGAUCUCCAGCACCACCUUUGAGAGCGCCAUCACGCCCAGUGAGAGCAGCGGCUACGACUCCACCGACAUCGAGAGUCUGGUGGAUCGUGAGAAGGAGUUGGCCACUAAGUGCCUUCGUCUCCUGACACACACCUACAACAGUGAGUACAACCAGCUGGUCAACAGUAUCAGUGACUGCAAGCUGUCUGACAUCUCACCCAUGAGACGUGAUCCAUCAGUGGCCAGCUUCAGCAGCGCCACCCUCACUCCCUCCUCCACCUGUCCUUCUCUGUCUGACUCCCGCUGUGGCUCACUAGACCAGAGGACCCCAGAGAACAGCUCUCGUGCCUCCAGUCCUUCUUGUUCAGACUAUGAAAACUUUCCGAUGGUUCCAUCCCUGGAGGCGUCCUAUUUAGCACGGGCUGGAAAAAACGAGUUCCUCAACUUGGUGCCUGAUAUUGAAGAGAUGCGACCAGGGUCUGUUGUGUCCAAGAAAGGUUUCCUGAGCUUCAUGGAGCCGCGCUCUAACUCGUGGGUGAAACACUUUGUGGCUGUGCGCCGGCCUUACGUCUUCAUCUACAACAGUGAUAAGGACCCGGUGGAGCGAGGUGUCCUCAACCUCUCAACAGCACAGGUGGAAUACAGUGAAGACCAGCAGGCCAUGCUCAAGACUCCCAACACAUUUGCAGUGUGUACAAAGCAUCGAGGAAUCCUGCUGCAGGCCAACAACGAGAAAGACAUGAACGACUGGUUGUACGCAUUUAAUCCUCUGUUAGCAGGGACAAUAAGAUCUAAGCUGGCGAGGAGACGCUCUGGCCUGAUGAAGAACUGAGUGAGUCGACUGGUACACAAAAAAAACCACGGCUAUCAUUGUUUCUGAAACGACUUUGAACAUACCGAGUGUUAACACUUAUUAAUCAUUGUGAUUCUUGAUGGUUUUCUCUUGUAAGUAGACUUGUGGCUUAAGUCUCCUUUCAUGCAACUAAAAGUUUCAGUUCAAGAGAUAUUUGCCUCCUCUCCCUCCAACAGCCCUCUGCAAACUUCCCUUCCCUAUCUCCUCCUCAGAUUUUUGUGUUUUUUAUGACAAUGUUUCUGUCUGAUUUUGUUCCGCUUUGUCAUCACGCCCCGACUCCCUAACUAGUAGCAUGUUGUAAUAGUCAACUUGUGUGUGCACGAUUCUUCAAAAUGUUCUUUCUGGCCACAAAUUUUCAGUUUGCCAAUUAUCUGUAAAAAAAAAAAACAAAAACAAAAAAAACCCGUCUAAUACAGUGUUAUUCAUCUCCCUAUAAAAGGUGGAUUUUUUUUAUUAUUAUUUUUUUGUUAUUAAUAAGCCCACAUGGUAACUGCAGCAGUCCUCAGGGGAUGACCAAGUUUGCUUUGUCAAAAAAAGUAAAGAUAGAUCAGAUAACUACAGAUGAACCAAUGAAGGAAAACUCAACACAAAUAUCUCCUAAUGAAGUAUCAGUUCACGAUCUGCGACAGAAGGCAGGGCUACUUCUAGAAUUAUUGCUGCUAAUGAAUUCAUAGUUGUUGUUUUUUUUUUUUGCUGCUUCCUAAAGUAGACUCUAGCUUCCCGGUACUGCCUCCUGAACUGUCGCAUUCAAAAUGUGGAAAAUUUGUCAAGGUCCCAUCUCAGUGAAACAAGAGGGCUGCCCUGGAUUCCCAGUGUCAUCCAUGUGACAUUUAGAUAACCACUCCUGUCUGUGUACAUACACCCCGAUAGUGCCGUGUCUGUGACUCAUUACUUACAAUCAUGCAUUUGUGUCAACAUGAGAAAUACGAGCUAAAUGCAGAAACAUGCAGAAAUAAUUCAAGUUUAAUUCACUUCAUCUUAGUGAAAUUAUGACAAUGGAUUGUUCCAGAUAUUUGCCCUUUUUGCUAUUUCACCCUUAAAAAAACCUAACCAGGGUAAUCAGGAGGUGAUGAGGAAGAUGGACAGAGAACGCAUCAUUUGUACACACAGUUUGAUCUGGGAUCAGAGUGGUAGUUAACUCUUAUUUAAGACAUUCCUCUCAGCUCCUGGCAGUUUUUCUUACUCUGUCAUGUUGAGACUCAGGCCUCAAGACAAGUCACAACUCUCACUAACCUUUAAUUUACCCAUCACAAACAUGUGAUAUGUGAUGAAGUGGGUAUAAUACAAUAAAAGGGAGAAUUAAGUUGCAGCGCUUGACAAAGCUGUCUGCUCACAGCCUGCAGGUCACAGAACAAUAUAAUCCAAGCCCAUGACCCCCUUUCACUGUCACACCAGUGUCCGGUGAAUCCUCUGUAAAGUGAAGAACUUCUUUGAUGACCACAUGUUCAUUUUCUAUUUAUGUUUUAGAACUCAUAACUCCUCUAACCCGCACUGUUUUGACUUCGCAUUUAUAUUCCUUUUAUUAUGUAUUAACACGGGUUUGUUUUUGUCUAUUAUGAUUUUAAUCAUUCCAUAGUGAGGUUUUAAAUGAAAUGUAACAAAGGGCAUUUAUUUCUUGAGUGGUAACCAGUUACUUUGGUGUUUAACCUUAUUUUUGCACAUUAACACAUAUCUAUAGCAAGGCGAGGGCAGAUCACACACAGAGUAUCAGGAACACUGAAAAGAGCACAUAUCAAGGCUACACUGGAUAGCUGUUUUCCAAAGGGUUUAUUAGAAAGAUAUAAGUUAUGUUAAAGGGAUGACAUAUACUCAAAGAUUUUAUUUCUGAUAUUGUUUAUGAAGAUAUUUGCUCUGUACAUUGCACUAUAGCUUGGAGAAUGGUGUGUUUGUCGACUGUGUCGGAUAGUAGGACAGUGAUUAGCACAGAUGGGCACUCCAAAACUCUGGCCAACCAACCAGUAGUGUGCCCUCUGUGUCAUACGAAAGAAGCCUUAUGGUUACAUGCGUUGACGCAGAGGAACCAACUGGCUGUUAUAAGAGUCAGUCGAAUUACUGGUGACAGAAAGCAUUUACCACCAAAUGUAAAACAGCAGAGCGUCUCUGCCCUCAGGUCAGCCAACCUGGUCAGAGAAACAGGAACAGAAAGUACGCACACUUAAGUUUAAGAAGACUCAGAAAACCACUGUGCACAGGUGGGGGCUCAAAUGGGAAGGUACCUCAACAUGUGACGGAUUUAUAUGACUACAUGUCGGAGCAAACAUUUUCACUUCAGUGACUAAUUUGCAGAUAUGUUUUAUUUUAGAGUUGUGUAUUUAUUGUUUGCAAAUUGCAAUGUAUAUAUUAGUUUGCAGCUCUUUGCACAUAUUAAUAAAAGGUUCAACUGAUCAAAUUAAGUCUGCACAGUUUAGUUGUUCAACUGGGAAUGAACCAAAAGUUGACGUGGCAGCCUCAUCCUGCCUGAAGAGGGAGAGUGUUGAAUGUACUAUGAAGGUGUGUGUGAUUCUCCAUCUUUGGGGAAAAAAAAAAGAGAACUAAGAUGUAACCCACAACUGCCUGUGAGUUACAUCAGUCGUUCCUCUUGAUUAGAAAGUCUGCUUUUGAUUUGGAGAAUAUUUACUCACCGCUCAUGCUAGCCAGCCAUCCGAAUUCUAACGAAAUGAAGGUGGUUUUUAACCUUUUUUUUCUAAUAUCAGGGAGUAUAAUAAAAAGUAGCUACAGUGACAUCUAAAAUGACAGUAUACUAUUGUUUACGGUGGUGUCUUAAUUCACCUCAACACCUUUUUUUUUCAGUUGAUGCCUUUCAAACAGAACUAAACAUGAUAUUUUCCAUCUUACCCUCUGACAAUUAAUAUCUGGGUUCCCUUUGGAUUUGUUCACCACGAGGAAACAAGCAAAACCAACAAACCAUGACAUUAACACUGUACAUUAUUUGUCAGACUGGUUUCAUUUUCAUACUUAUUUUGUAAAUAUCUGUGUUGUAUGGAGCUUGAAUUCAAAUGUAAAUAUGUUUACUGUAUUUGUAAUAAUUAUAAUCCAUUCGCUGUAUAGCAUAGAUGUGUCAUGCAGAUACCCUAAUUCUGUGUACGGUAAUCUUACACCAUUGAACUGUUUAGUGAAUGAGGCAACAAUAAAAGUGCAAACUGUGCAUUAGCAGA